CCUAUUCGGUUUUGAUUUUGUGUUUCAUGCCUAAGAAAAAUAAGAAAUACUGAAAUAAAUCUGUUUAUAAACACUACUGUUAAAGCAUUAACAAACAGGUGCAGUAAUUAAUUCCGACACAAUGUCUGACCAUUUUGGAUCAAUUGCCCUAAAGUGGGAUCCUAAAAAUUUAGAAAUUAGAACAAUGUCUGUUGAAAAGACUUUGGAACCUUUGGUGUUGCAAGUUACAACAUUAGUAAAUACCAAAGGACCAAGCAAAAAGAAAAAGGGUAAAUCUAAGCGUGCAAAUGCUCUAGUUGGAACAGUCGAAAAAGCAACAGAAAACUUUAUUACAAAAGGUGAAGAGAUUGCUUAUGAAAAUCCAGAUAUCAAACAGGAAAUGUUAUCGGCUGUGCAAGAAGUUAGAAUAACAGGUGAGGCAAUGAGUAAGGCAGCAAGAGAAUUUUCAGAAGAUCCUUGCAGUUCUGUAAAACGAGGAAAUAUGGUACGAGCAGCUAGAAAUUUAUUAUCUGCUGUCACACGUUUACUUAUACUUGCUGAUAUGGUGGAUGUUCACUUACUUUUGAAAUCCUUGAAAGUGGUUGAGGAUGAUCUUGACAAACUUAAAAAUGCAUCAAGUCAAGGAGAAUUACAAGAUAAUAUAAAACAAUUUGGACGAAAUGCUAAUGAGCUUAUGAAUCAGGCAGCUAAAAGACAGCAGGAACUUAAGGAUCCACAAUUACGAGACGAUUUAGCUGCAGCAAGGGCUGUGCUAAAAAAACAUUCAACAAUGCUGCUUACUGCUUCUAAGGUGUAUGUACGCCACCCAGAGUUAGCAGCAGCUAAAGCUAAUAGAGAUUAUGUAUUAAAACAAGUUUGCGAGGCUGUCAAUACUAUAAGUGAUGUUGCACAAGGCAAAUGCCCACAGCCAAAUCAGCAACCGUUUGAUGGACCGGGAGAAUUGGCUGCAGCUAUUGAUGAUUUUGAUGAUCGAAUGGUGAUGGAUCCAUUGGCUUACCAUGAAAUUAGAUCGCGCGCAGCACUAGAAGAAAGAUUAGAAUGUAUUGUAUCCAGAGCAGCUCUGAUGGCCGAUAGCUCAUGUACACGUGAUGAGAGACGUGAAAGAAUUGUAGCAGAGUGUAAUGCAGUUAGACAGGCUCUUCAGGAUUUACUGUCAGAGUAUAUGUCUAAUUCGCAAUUAUUGAGGGGAGGAAUACGGAUGGGUAAUAAAGAACAGAGCAAUGGCCUAGAGCGUGCUAUUGAUCAGAUGUGUCGUAAAACAAGAGAUCUUCGUCGACAACUGCGUAAAGCUGUGGUAGACCACGUUUCAGAUAGUUUUCUAGAGACAAAUGUUCCCCUUCUUGUUUUGAUCGAAGCUGCUCAAAAUGGAAAUGAAGCUGAAGUUGAAGAGUACGCCAAAAUAUUUACAGAACACGCAAAAAAAUUAGUAGAGGUAGCAAACCUAGUUUGCAGUAUGUCUGCAAAUGAAGAUGGUGUCAAAAUGGUUCGAUACGCCGCGGCACAAAUUGAAACUCUUUGCCCACAGGUCAUCAACGCUGCCCGAAUUUUGGCUGCAAGACCCAGGUCUAAAGUUGCUCAAGAAAAUAUGGAUGUUUUCCGUCAUGCUUGGGAAAAUCAAGUUCGCAUAUUGACAGAAGCGGUGGAUGAUAUUACAACAAUUGAUGAUUUCUUGGCUGUUUCAGGUGAUAUAAAUCAUAUUUUGGAAGAUGUAAACAAAUGUGUAUUAGCUCUACAAGAAGGAGAUGCAGAUACUUUGGAUAGAACUGCUGGUGCAAUUAGAGGCAGAUCUGCUAGGGUCUGCAAUGUAGUUGGAGCAGAAAUGGACAAUUACGAGCCCUGCAUCUACACCAAAAGAGUGCUUGAAGCGGUUAAAGUUUUAAGAGAUCAAGUGAUGUCUAAAUUCGCUCAAAGGGUUGAAGUAGCGGUUGAUGCUUUAUCUUCAACACCUCCAAAAGAAGUGGAUGAAAAUGAUUUUAUUGAUGCCUCUCGAUUGGUAUAUGAUGGUGUCCGAGAAAUUCGCAGGGCAGUUUUGAUGAACAGGGACGAGGAAGAUUUAGAUCCUGAAGAUGUAGAACUUGAUGAGCAUUACACAUUAGAGACACGCAGUAAAUCUAGUGCACAUACUGGAGAACAUGGAGUUGAUGAAUAUCCUGAUAUAAGUGGCAUUACAACAGCCAGGGAAGCUAUGCGAAAGAUGACGGAGGAAGAUAAGCAAAAGAUUCUGCAGCAAGUGGAAUUAUUCAGAAGAGAAAAACUGACAUUCGAUUCUGAGGUUGCCAAAUGGGAUGAUGCUGGUAACGACAUAAUUGUCUUGGCUAAACACAUGUGUAUGAUCAUGAUGGAAAUGACAGAUUUCACCCGUGGGCGCGGUCCUUUAAAGACUACUAUGGAUGUAAUCAAUGCUGCCAAGAAAAUUUCUGAAGCUGGCAGCAAAUUGGAUAAAUUGACUCGAGAUAUUGCUGCUCAAUGCCCUGAGAGUAGCACAAAAAAAGAUUUACUUGCUUAUUUGGAAAGAAUUGCCUUAUAUUGUCAUCAAAUGAAUAUUACUUCUAAAGUAAAAGCUGAUGUUCAAAAUAUCAGCGGAGAACUAAUUGUUUCUGGGUUGGACAGUGCAACUUCUUUAAUUCAAGCUGCAAAGAAUUUAAUGAAUGCUGUAGUUUUGACUGUAAAGGCUUCAUAUGUUGCUUCAACUAAGUAUACCAGAAUUCAAGGGACAGUGCCUGCCCCUAUUGUUGUGUGGCGAAUGAAGGCUCCAGAAAAGAAGCCACUCGUUCGUCCUGAGAAACCAGAGGAAGUCCGUGCUAAGGUACGAAAAGGUAGCCAAAAAAAGGUACAAAACCCAAUUCAUGCUUUGUCAGAGUUUCAGAGCCCAACAGAUUCAAUUUGAAUAGAUUCACAGACGA